GUCAUUGUUCUGAUUCACUGAACUAAGCGAACACGCCGGGGCACUCUCCGGCGCACCCCCGCCCGCCAGCGCCUAGUCCAGCCCUCCCGUCCCAGGGCCCCGCAGCACGCUGGGAAUUGUAGUUCUUGGCCUCCCCAUCCCAGAAGUGGGCGCGGCAAUUGUGGUUUGGGGCGGGGAUUCAGUUUUACUGAUUACGUCCUAUUGGUCCAGAGCGCGGCGUAGGUGUGGAGAAAACAUUACGUCGAUGGGGAGUUCGCCUCCAGUAGCGUUUCUAUUGGUGCCAGCCCGCCUCCGACCCGCCCUGCGGCCCUCCCUUUUCUUUUCUGCCGGGUAAUGGCUGCUUCCAAGACCCAGGGGGCUGUCGCCCGAAUGCAGGAAGACCGUGAUGGGAGCUGCAGCACAGUCGGGGGUGUAGGUUAUGGGGACAGUAAGGAUUGUAUCCUGGAGCCGCUUUCCCUGCCAGAAAGUCCAGGUGGCACCACCACUUUAGAAGGUUCUCCAUCUGUGCCUUGUAUUUUCUGUGAAGAACAUUUUCCUGUGGCUGAACAAGACAAACUUCUGAAGCACAUGAUUAUUGAGCAUAAGAUUGUCAUAGCUGAUGUCAAGUUGGUUGCUGAUUUCCAAAGGUACAUUUUAUAUUGGAGGAAAAGGUUCACUGAACAGCCCAUCACAGAUUUCUGUAGUGUGAUAAGAAUUAAUUCCACUGCUCCAUUUGAAGAACAAGAGAAUUAUUUUUUGUUAUGUGACGUUUUACCAGAAGAUAGAAUUCUUAGAGAAGAGCUUCAGAAACAGAGACUGAGAGAAAUUCUGGAACAACAGCAGCAAGAACGAAAUGAUACCAAUUUUCAUGGCGUUUGUAUGUUUUGCAAUGAAGAAUUCCUUGGAAACAGAUCUGUUAUUUUGAACCACAUGGCCAGAGAACAUGCUUUCAACAUUGGAUUGCCAGACAACAUUGUAAACUGCAAUGAAUUUUUGUGUACAUUACAGAAAAAGCUUGACAAUUUGCAGUGCUUGUACUGUGAGAAGACCUUCAGGGACAAAAAUACACUUAAAGAUCACAUGAGGAAAAAACAGCAUCGUAAGAUUAAUCCUAAGAACAGAGAAUAUGACAGAUUUUAUGUCAUCAAUUAUUUGGAACUUGGAAAAUCGUGGGAAGAAGUUCAGUUGGAAGAUGAUCGGGAGUUGCUGGACCAUCAGGAAGAUGACUGGUCUGAUUGGGAAGAACACCCUGCCUCUGCCGUCUGCUUAUUUUGUGAAAAGCAAGCAGAAACAAUUGAGAAGUUGUAUGUCCACAUGGAGGAUGCACACGAAUUUGAUCUUCUCAAAAUAAAGUCAGAACUUGGAUUAAAUUUCUAUCAGCAAGUGAAACUGGUCAAUUUUAUUCGGAGGCAAGUUCACCAAUGCAGAUGUUAUGGCUGCCAUGUGAAGUUCAAAUCCAAAGCAGACUUAAGAACUCACAUGGAAGAAACUAAACACACUUCGCUGCUCCCCGAUAGAAAGAUGUGGGAUCAACUGGAGUAUUAUUUUCCAACCUAUGAAAAUGACACUCUCCUGUGUACACUAUCUGACAGUGAAAGUGACCUGACAGCUCAGGAACAAAAUGAAAAUGUUCCCAUCAUCAGUGAAGAUACAUCUAAACUGUAUGCUUUGAAACAAAGCAGUAUUUUGAACCAGUUGCUACUACAAGAGUACUUGAAAACCUAGAAGAAACUACCACAGAAGCAAUUUUUCAUGUUUUUCUUCUAUGAGACAGAUAUGAAAGAAUAAUUUAAAUUUGAACAUCAACAAAAGAUUGGUCCUUGGUGAAAUAAACUUUUCAAAAAUGAAUGUUCUUUUCAAAAAAUAAAGUAGAAAAAUGCACUUACUAAGAACAUGAAAAAAAAUGAAGUAGAAAAAUAAGAUGAAGACUUUGUAUUUUGGCUAUAAAGUUUAUUGUGUGAUCAUCUUAAAUUAUCUCAUUUCAUUAAACUCAUAAUUAUAUAUAGAAGGAUAUGUCAAUUACAAAGAAAUGAAAUGUUCAAAUUAUUUAUAAACCUGAUUUUUCAAUCAGUAGUUUCACUCUCCUCCCCAAGGACCUUCUUCAUCCAACAAGUUGCAAAAUUUGAAUGUCCCUUCUGUACUAUAUUGGGUGAGCUGUAAAUGUAAUGACUAAAAGAAAAGCCACAGAAGAAAGAAGAAAUGGUCAAAGACCUGGAUAAUAUGCAAAUUGGCCAUUAUAUUAGAACAAUCAAGAGCUGACUGUGUUACCGCUUUCUGCCUAGGGUGGCCAAAUUCCCUAGAAAUAGACAUCAAGCCAGUUAACUUCACUUUUCCCUGCAAUUUGUAUGUCACUAACAUUUAAAUGCCAUUUUUAAAAAACAUAACCACAAUACCAUUAUGACACCUAAAAAAAAUUAACAUUAACUUAAUAUCAUCUGUUUUCAGUUUUUCCCACUUGUCUCAAAAUGUAUGUUUACAAUAUUAUCAGUUUCAUUACUGAUGAAUAUUAUAUGCCUCCUGAUAAGAUGUACUGAGGAGGGCAGAAUAUCACUUUUGUAGAUUUAUACCAAAAAUGCAUAAUUUGGAUAUAAUGAAGAAACAGUCAAAUCCAAGUUUGAGGCUGGGCACAGUAGCUCAUAUCUGUAAUCCUAGCACUUUGGGAGGCCAAGGCAGAGGAUCACAGGAGGUCAGGAGUUCAAGAUCAGCCUGGCCAACGUGGCAAAACCCCAUCUCCACCAAAAAUACACAGAUUAGCCAGGCAUGGUGGCAUGCACCUAUAGUCCCAGCUACUCGGGAGGCUGAAGCACAAGAAUCACUUGAAUCCAGGAGGCAAAAGUUGCAGUGAGCCGAGAUCACACCACUGCAGUUCAGCCUGGGCAACAGACCAAGACUCUGUCUCAAAAAAAGGAAAAAAAAAAAAAAAAAAAAAAAUCCAAAUUUGAAGGACAUUCUACAAAAUAAUUGGCCUUUACUCUUCAAAAAUUUUAACAUCAUAAAAAACAAAGACUGAAAAACUAUUUCAGAUUAAAGGUGGCUAAAGAUAGCGUAGCAUGAUCCUGGAUUGGAUGCUAGACCAAGAAAAAAAAGUUUUUCUUUUGCUACAAAAGACAUUAGCAGGACAACUGGCAAAAUUUGAAUAAGAUUUAUAGUAAACGUUAUGGUAUUGUUGUUAAUUUCCAGAUUUUGAUAACUGUACUGUGGGAUGAGAAUGUCUUUGUUUUCAGGAAAUAUUCAUACACACACUGAAGUAUUUAGGGGUAAAGGAGCAUUUUGUUUGCAACUUACUCCCAAAAAACUAACAAGGAUAUAUACAGAAUAAUGAAGUAAACAUGGCAAGAUGUUAACAUUUAGGGAAUCUAGGUAAAAGUAUGUGGAGAUUCUUUGUACUAUGGCAACUUUUCUGAAAGUCUGGAAUUAUUUCAAAAUUAAAAGUUUUUUAAAAUGUCUUUUUUCAGCCAGGCACGGUGGCUCACGCCUGUAAUCCCAGCACUUUGGGAGGCCAAGGUGGGCGGAUCACGAGGUCAGGAGUUUGAGACCAGCCCGGCCAACAUGCUGAAACCCCGUGUCUACCAAAAAUACAAAAAUUAGCCAGGUGUGGUGGUGGGCACCUGUAAUCCCAGCUACUCAGGAGGCUGAGGCAGGAGAAUUGCUUGAACCUGGGAGGUGGAGUUUUGCAGUGAGUUGAGAUCGCACCACUGCACUCCAGCCUGGGUGACAGAGCAAGACUCCAUCUCAAAAAAAAAAAAAAGUCUUUUUUCAGUUGGUUUGUUUAAUCAGGUUCCAAGUGAGAUCCAUGCACUAUAUUUGGUUGGUGUGGUUCUUAAGGGUCUUUUAAUCUAUAACAAUUCACAGUUUUUUUUAAACGCCACUUAUUUGUUAAAGCAAUUGGAUUAGUUGUCUUGCUUUCUGGAUUUGGAUGAUUGUAUCUUCUUUAUAUUAUUUAACAUGUUCCAUUAUCAUUCAUUGUCUCCAUCCAUUUCUGCUACUAUAACAGAAUACCUGAGACUGGGUAAUUUAUAAACAAAUAGAUUUCUUUCUCACAGUUCUAGAGGCUGGGAGGUCCAUGAUCUUAGUUUAGUGUCCAGUUCGAGAGCCCAGUCUCUAUUUCCAAGAUGGCACCUUGAAUACUGCAUCCUCCAGAGGGGACAAAGGCUGUGUCCUCACAGGACAAAAGGAUGGAAGGACAUAAGGGCCUAGCUAGUUCCUGCCAGCCCUUUUGUAAGGUCAUUAAUCCCAGUGAUGAGGCCUCUGCCCUCAUGGCCUGAUCACCCUUCUGAAGGCCCCACUUCUUAACACUGUUGCAGCAAGAAUUAAGUUUCAACAGGAAUUUUGGAGGGAACAUCAAAACAUUGAAAUUAUAGCAAACCUUUUUAUAAGGUCAUUAAUCCCAUCCAUGAGGGCUGCCCUCCUGGCCUAAUCACCCUUCUAAAGGCCUUUCUGACCUUUCUUUACAGUGGGUUUUUAUUUUUAUUUUUUACUUUUCUAUUUUUGAGUUGGAGUCUCACUCUGUCUCCCAGGCUGGAGUGCAAUGGUGCAAUCUUGGCUCACUGCAACCUCCCCCUCCCGGACUCCAGCGAUUCUUCCACCUCAGCCUCCUGAGUAGCUGAGACUGCAGGCACCCACCACCACGCCUGACUAAUUUUUGUAUUUUUAGUAGAGAUGGGGUUUCACCAUGUUGGCCAGGCUGGUCUCAAAUUCCUGACCUCAAGUGAGCCACUAUGCCCAGCCCUACAGUGUGUUCUUUAUGCAGCAUAUGUGCUACAGAAUGCUGGAGUCUGAGUCUCUGGUUUUCAAUUAUUAAUGCUAGUCUGUGUAGGUAAUGCCCCAAAACUCAUCUUGGAGUCGUAUUGCCUGUCCAGAGACUCAAGAGUCAACCUCCUCCCACCAUGCGGUCCUAACUCAACUGUAUUUGUUAAUUACAUAGGCUCUGGCCACAGCUCUAGAUUUCUAACCCUCCCACUCUGCAGACACCAUGGAAGGCUUUUAUUGAAAACUAAGCAAACAGAUAUAGGAGCCUGUAUUAUAAUGAAAAAUGCCUAAAUUAAAGAUACAAUUAAGUUAAAUAUUUUAAAGCCAAAAAUUAAAGAGGCAGUCUAGACAAUUAGACUGUGCCUACAACAGUCUGUCUCUAGGAAUCAGGUUCGUUCAGGACAUCAAGGAAUGUCUGAAGAGGUUUUUAGAGCAUGCUUCAGUGUUAGGACAGGAGCAAUGGAAGAAUGAGACAAUAAACUAAGUAAUUGGGAAGGAGAAAGCUUUUUUGGAGAAAAAGUUGAUAGAGAACAAGUCAAAUAGAUAUAAAAGGAAAAAUGAAAUUGAAGAACAGACCAACACAUAAAAGGGAAAAGAUGUUGUACUUAGGGUUUAAUUCAUAUUAGCAGUUGUUUUUUUAAGUGGCUAAACGUUUUCAGGUUUAUUUGGGGACAGAAAUGGCAACUUGGACCCGAAGAAAUCUAACAAGAAUAGAAGCAAAAUCUCAGCAAACUGUACUGACUCCUAGAUGGAGCAAGAGCAUAGGCCACUAUUGGCGAAGGACUCUAUGUAGCUCUAAGCUACGUAGAGACUCCUUGAUAAAAACCACUGGGAACUGCUCUUUAAAGACUGGGACAGUGAUACCAAGUGUACCCUGAAAGUCAGGACAAUUUGAGAGGAAAUAUCAGAUGAAAGCAAAACAUUCAAGGAAUUAUUGGAUGAAUUUCCAGAUGUUACUAUAAUUAUAGAUAGGAAUACAAGAGCUUCUUGUGUCCCAAAGGAAACGUGCCUGAGAAAUUUUUAGAGUUAAGACAGAAUUAAGGCAACAAGAUGGAAGAUAACAGAAGAGAGCCAGGCAGGACAGUGAUAAAUGGAAUCCAAGCUCAGAUCAGCUGUUAAUCCAAUUAGAAAAUGCAAGCCAGUUAAGAUUAUCUAACUCAGAAAGGUGAGGGCGGCCAAGAUUUUUUGGACAAUGGUUGCUUUUGGCAGACCAAAACCUACUGACUUAUCUCUCACAACUGAAGUCCCCAUUAGAUAAAUCUACAACCAAAUGUUAGAUAAGCACAUGUCCGGCCCAGAAAAGAGAGAAAGUUAAAAAAAAAAAAAAAGAAA